GGGAGGUUCAUCGGUCUUCAUGGAGUCGCCCUUCUCCUUCCCGCUGCGGGGGGAGGCCGGCUUAGUCCCGCUGGGGCUGGAUCUGCCGGGGAAGUGCCUGAGGGCGACGAGCUCGCGGCGCAAGAGGGAGUUCAUGCCGGACGAGAAGAAGGACGCCUCCUACUGGGAGAAGCGCAAGAAGAACAACGAGGCGGCCAAGCGCUCGCGGGAGAAGCGGCGGGUGAGCGACUACGUGCUGGAGGCGCAGCUGGCGGCGCUGAGCGACGAGAACAUGCGCCUGCGGGCCGAGCUGCUGGCCCUGCGGCUGCGGCUGGGGCUCCAGUGGCCCGGGGCCCCCCACCACCAGGGGGCGGGGCUGCUGCCGCCGCUGCCCCUCCCGCUCCCGCUGCCCGCGCCGGCGCCGGCCCCGAACGUGCACCCCCUGCCCCCCCGCACCCUCCCCAGCCACGCCGAGAGGGACGUCUGCUGGGGGGGCGGGGGGAGCGCGGAGGGCGGAGCCUCCUACCAGAGCCCCGUCCCCAAACCCGCGCCCGUCGGCUCGGCCUUCACGCCGCCGCGCUCUACCGUGCGGAGAGGGUACCCGUACUUUUUCGACAAGUACGCCCCCUUUCCUCCCGCCCACCACGUGCCUUUUCUCCUGCCCACUCUGCUGCCCCCUAACCCCUCGGCGUCCUGGGGCGGCCCCGCCCCGCCCAGGCCCGGCCCGGGGCCGAAGGUCAGCUCCGAAGAAGAGGAGGAGGAGGAGCAGCAGGUGCCCGCGGCCUCUGAGUGUGACCCCCGCUCCGCCCUGCCGCACAAACUCAGGCUGAAGGGGCGUGGCCUGCCGGGCCGGGAUCCCGCCGCGUCUCCCCCGGCAACCAAGCUGCACACGCGCGGCUCGGAACACCGCAGCUGGAACACUGAGCACUGCUGAAAUGGACAGUAUUUCAAAAGUGUUUUUUUUUUUUACUUGUUUUUUUUUUUUUGCUCGUUGCAUGACUCCCAACUUAAAAUUCUGCUUUGGCAAAUUCUUUAAAAUCCUGUUUUUUUUCAAAGUGCUCAAGCAUCCAAGUAUCUCGUACCAGCAAGAAGAAGUAAAAAAAAAAAAAAAAAAAAAAAAAAAAGAAAAGGGGAAAAAGUCCCUGUUUGGGUCAAUUUUUGUGAUUGGCUCUAACCGUGCAUAAAUCAUUUCUGCAAUUAUCAUGUGACUAUGACACAGGCUACAUGGCUUCAGCCUUUAAGGCAGGAAUAAUAUUUCAGUUAAAGACCUGUGCGGCUUCCUUGCCUUUUCGUACUGGACAAAAACCUCUGACUAUAAAAACAUCAUAUCUUAAACAUUAUUUAUUUACCCAGGGAUUAAUGCCAUCGAGGCAAAAUGUCAGUAGCUAACUCAAUUAAAAACAAUUUCAGAAUCAGUGAUCAGAAUUCCUGAUUUAGAAUUGGGGUCAAUUUAUUUUCAAUUCGGACAAUGAAUUGAAAUCCAGUACAUUCAUUGAAAAGCGUUAUGUGUCAUUACGUUAGGCUCCUUACCUC